AUGGCUGUGAUUUGUUGCGACGCCCUCGUGCCCUACCAGCCCAAGCCGACGGACCAGGAAUCCAGGUUCACCCUGUUCAUGGACUGGGCCAGGUUUCCCAGGGAAUCCUCGAUAGCGGCCGAUUCCGACGCCUUCUUCAUUUCCUCUAGGCCCGACUUCGUCGUGCAGGUGGCGCGCGGAGCCCAACACGCCGGACCGCCGCAGAGCGACCGCUUCUUCGCCCGCGCCGAGGGCAAGGGCAAGCCCUUCGUCGAGGUGACCGAGAAGGACUUGGCCGAGGCGAAUUACCAGAAAAUCAACGCGUUCAAGAAAUUCCAGUGUAGCGACCAUGAUGAAUUCUUCACGGUCAACCUCUACCUCGAUAACCCCCUAAGCCUCCGUCACUGGAACUUCAAUCUAACUUUCCCGCUGACUUCGAUCAAUCUAUAA